GCGGGGUCAGUAUCCUCGGAGGCUGCAGUGCCGAGGCGCCUUCGCACCGACGCGCGCGCAUCCACAUCGAGAUCGAUACAUUCUGAUUGUAACAAUGAUUCGUCAGGUGACACUUCUGGCCAUAUGUGUGCAGGUCAUCACAUUCAAUGUGGUGCACACAGCAAAGCAGCAAGUCGCACUCUCCGACUCCUACCUACCCGUCGCCAUGCAAGUCAUCGCCCACCUCACCGACCAAAUGGCCUUCGAGGCGCGCGAUGAGCCCAAAACGACGACCAGUCGACCGACCAAGUCGACCAGUCGACCGACCAAGUCGACCAGUCGACCGACCAAGUCGACCAGUCGGCCGACGGGUAGACCGAUGACGACGGGCAGGCCGAUAACGGCGAGACCGGACGCGGUGCAGCAAACAACACCGUAUCACAGGCCCGGCCUCUACGCCCCCCUCGCGCCCCCCACACCCAACGACCGCACUUACCUCCUCCCCCCCAAUCAAAACGCCCCUUACACAGUCAUCCAGCCACAGAAAACUAACACGAACGAGCCUCUUCUCUCUAUACAUGAAGAAGAAGUGAAGCCACUAAUCGAACCGAGUCCAGAGUCGCAUCUUCUUCCACCGCAUUUUGAAGCUGAUGUUGAUAAAAUAUCCCGCUCAGAUAGUUUAAUGCUUGAUGAUUGGGAAGAGAAUCUCCAGUAUUUAUCCCCAAGUGUGAGGGAGAUGAUUAAACUGGCGAAUGAUCCUGAUGAUGAGAGGUUAAUUGAGGAUGUGAGGGCUGGACCUCAGGGGAAUAAAGGAGGGUCAAAGCUGAGUGCCUCGAAUUUGAGGUUAAUGCUGUUGUAUGAUCUUCUAAGCAGAGAAGCUAAGAGACAGAGGCUUUCGGAUUAUUAUGGCUUCUCUCCCGACGUCCUCCAAACCCUCUCCGAGUCCGCCGACGGCGGUGCGCGCGCGCAGCUCCGCCUAGCACUAUCCAAGAUGGUGGAACGCAAGGACUGUCAGCACGAAUACGCCAACAACAGGGCGCGAGAGAUGGUCGACGAGCUGGCGAGAGACGAGUCGAAACUGUCGAGUGAGAUUCGGUAUCUGCAACCGCUCGUUUAUAGCAGGCUUUAGACGUUAAGAUAAGUUA